GGAAGCACCACUGUUUGAAAGGACGAAUCACACAUGGCCUUAUUCUCCUGGGAGCUAGCCAAGACCACUUCCCUGAAGCACCAGUCUGGAGCCAUGGUCCAUGCCUUCCUCAUCCACACCCUGAGGUCCCCAAAUGCAGAGGAUCCAGGCCUUUGCCGAGUGCUCUACUCCUGCGUCUUUGGUGCUGAGAAGUCACCAGAUGAUCCACGGCCACAUGGUGCGGAGAGGGACAGGCUUCUCCGCAAGGAACAGAUUUUGGCUGUGGCCAGGCAGGUGGAGUCAAUAUGCCAGCUGCAGCAGCAGGCGUCUGGCCGGCUCCCCACAGAUCUGCAGCCACAGUCCUUGGAUGAGCCUGUGUCCUUGCAUGAGGCUCCACAUGGGGCCUUCCGGCUGGCUGCAGGGAACCCGUUCCGGGAGCCACGGACAGUGGUGUGGCUGGGCGUGCUCUCAUUAGGCUUCGCCCUGGUGCUGGAUGCCAACGAGAACCUACUGCUGGCCGAGAGCACACUCCAGCUGCUGGCCCGCCUCCUCAUUGCCCUCCGCCUGCUGGUGCCUGGUACCAGCCUCCUGAUGCGGGCUGACCGCAUUGAGGGCAUCAUCACUCGCUUCCUGCCCCAUGGCCAGCUGCUCUUCCUCAAUGACCAGUUCGUCCAGAGUCUGGAGAAGGAGUUUAGUGCUGCCUGGCCACGCUGACCUCUUGCUGGGAUGGGGUUUCCAAGAGGAUAAGGGGUGGAGGGUAGAGACUGUUCAUACAGCAGAUGCCUCCUGCCUGGCCUGAUCCCCACUCUGAAGUGCUGCCACCCCCAGGAUAAACAGUUGGGACAAACUGGCAAAAAGGAGGCUGGGCAGGGGGUGGAUGAGGCUGUACCUGUUUGUAGGUCAGUGGACUUGGUGAGCAUUCUGAGUCUAGAGGUGCCGUGUGACUGAUCAGUCUGUGUCCUUGACCUUGACUUCAUCUUCCUCCAGUCCCACCAGCCAGCCACCAGUGCUGUAACAGUGAGGAGAGGCUGCCUGGAACUUAGUCCAUCUUCUCCUUCCAAAGCCCAGUCAUCACAGCACAAAAGGGGUGUCUGAGACUCCCCUUACGGUGGAGAAGCUGGCUUCACACCCUGGCAGACGCUGGCCUCACAUAGCCAAGCAUCAUCAAGGAUUCUGUUGGUGAGAGCUUGCUUGGCACCCAACCCCACCACAGUUCUGAAAUACCACCCAGCAGGGGGCAUUGAGCUCCUGUGUGCCAAGUCCAUACCCACUAGGCAGGCCCCAGAUAAAAUAAUCAUGGGCUUCCCUCAUCUGCUGGCAUUUGAACUCAGAGGUCUGGUCUGUUUUCUUGUUUUGAAUUAAAAACACUGGCUGUAUGAUUUUACCCUCUCUUUCUGUGAGUUUGAUGGACAGUCUGCUCCUGUGAGUAAGCGCCUCCCCAGCGUGGCAUCUGCACUUUGUGUUCAAGGAUCCCCCAAGAGGCUUUUUGGGAGGCCUUCGUCUCUCCUCUGCCACCUCACUUAUGUUUCCUUGUGUGCCUCUUUUGGAUGGCAGCACUUGCUUCCGCCACCAAAAUAUAUGUCACAAGUGGCAGUGAGGCAGGACAAAUCAGGGAAAA